AUGAGCGCAUCAACCAACAACCUGUCGCGACUUUCCGUCCUGGCCUGUUUUGCGCAUCCUGAUGAUGAGGGGUUUGCAUCGGGCGGGUUGCUGGCCAAGCUGGCCGCCGGCGGCGCCCGGGUUACGCUCGUUUGCGCCACCAACGGCGAUGUUGGCGAAAUCAGCGACCCGUCGCUGGCCACUCCCGAGAAUCUUUGGCAGGUGCGUAAACAGGAAUUGCGGAACGCCAUGGACGUCACCGGCAUCCCCGACGUGCGGUUCCUGGAUUACCGUGAUAGCGGGAUGGACGGCACCGAGGACAACCGGCACCCGCGGGCAUAUUGCAACUCCGACCGCGACGUUGUUCUGGCCGAUUUGGAAAGUAUCAUGCGGGAGACCAAUCCUCAUGUUGUACUGACCCACGACCCUACCGGUGGGUAUGGGCAUCCGGAUCAUAUAACCAUGUCUGCCCACGCCACUGCUGCGGUGUCCCGCGUCGCCGAUCCGGACGGGGCCACUCCGCUGUUGUAUUACGUCUGUUUCCCCCGCGACGUGUUUCGCCGCUGGUGGCAGGAAAUGGCCGACCGAAACAUCACACCCCCGUUCGCCGCCGAGGCAAUCGACGAACUGGGUACUCCAGACUCAGACGUAACCACUACCGUCGAUGUUAUGCAGUGGGUGGAUGUGAAAUUGCGGUCUUUGUCCUGUCACCGCACCCAGCUGCAUGACUCAGGUCCUUUCCACCAAUUGCCUGAUGACGUAGUGAACAUGUUGAUGGGCACGGAGUUCUAUCAGCUGGUGACCCCUCCGGGCGCGGUUGAUCUGUUGGCCGCGAUAUGA